GGGGGGAGCGAACUGCCCCCAUUCCGCAGCCUCCGCGCUGAUUCAAUUGCAAGUUUUUAUCAAUCAAUGUCGCUGCACGACAGUGCACUUGCACCCUUAUCGUGCAAUUAUUGUUUACACUUGACUUUUGUUUGCAUUUAGAGGGUAUAUAGGCAGCUAAGGAAUCUAGAUUACAUUUUUUAAUUUGAGCUAUAAGAACUCUAAUAUACCAUGCCACGAUCAGUACGGAUCGAAUUAAAGACAAUGGUAGAAUGAUAGAGAUACUUUAGAGCUUCUUAUUUUAUUUUUAUUUUUAUGGUCAACAAAAAUAAAUUAUUUCGGAGAAACCGUCAAUUUCUUGUUUUUCUUGAACCGGGCUAAGACUAGACCGAAAAUAUGUAACAUGGUCCUUUCAAAAAGUAUGAAUGAAAAUAGAAUUUUCCUUCCAUAAUAAUGGCCAGUCCAUUUUGCGUUCUAGAGGUUCUAGACAUCCGUUUGAAACCAUGCAUGCUUUAAGCGUCCGUCGCACCAUCAGAGUCAUUCUUGUGCGGCCUUGACCGCGGCGGUGCGUGCUCGCCGCCUGACGACAACGUGGUCCACACCCCUUAUUACAAGGAUCACGCAUUACAAAAUCCUAAUGAUACCGAUUAUCAUGAAACGAGAUAAUAAAUACUAUAAUUAAUCUUCAGUAGCGCUUGCAAUGAUUAGAUACACCGCCGGUAAUUUAAGCAAUUAAUUUUGUCUGGAAUUGCAGUCUCAAAGAUACCGCUGCUGCUCGUGUAUUCUUCCAUCUUACCAGCACUUUGUACGAUGUGUCCCUUGCUGCUGGUGCUGUCGCUUGCGCUGCUGCUGCCGGCGCGCGCCGACCGCUACCACCCGGAGCGCGCCGCGCGCCCCGCCGCCGCCGGGAGCUCGCGCGCCGCCACGCCGGACGCGGCCGAACGUGGCGCGGCCUACUGGUACUCGGAGGCGUUCGCCGCCAUCGACGAGCGGCUGACGGAACCCACUUAUGACGACGUGGCGAAAAACGUAAUCAUGUUCCUAGGCGACGGGCUGUCAGUGCCGACGCUAGCGCCGGCGCGCACGCUUCGCGGCCAACUCGCCGGCCGCACCGGUGAAGAGGAGCGGCUCGUUUUUGAGCACUUUCCUAUUACCGGACUCGCCAAGACUUACUGCCUAGAUGCGCAAAUCCCCGACUCAGCGUGCACGGCGACGGCGUACCUCUGUGGCGUGAAGGUGAACCGUGGCACCCUCGGCGUGAACGGGAACGUGCUGCGCUGGGACUGCCCGGCCUCCACGGACACUGCCACUCAUCUUGAGUCUAUCGCCGCCUGGGCGCUCGCUGAUGGCCGCAGCGUCGGUAUCGUGACGUCGACGCGCGUGACGCACGCGUCCCCGGCUGCUGCAUACGCACGCACCGCCAACCGUGGCUGGGAGAAUGACGGCGAGGUCCGCGCCGCCGGCUACGACCCCGCACAGUGCCCUGACAUCGCCGACCAGCUCAUCAACUCAUACCCUGGGAACCAGUUUAAAGUAAUCCUGGGUGGUGGACGACGCGAGUUCCGCCCGAAUACAACCAGAGACGAGGAGAACGCAUCGGGUCUCCGCUGGGACGGACGCGAUCUGAUCGAGGAAUGGCACACGCAGCGUGAAGAAGCUGGAGACUUGCACGCGUACGCCUGGAACCGCACCCAGCUGCUCGACGCCAUCGCCAACCCGCCUGACUACCUACUGGGCCUGUUUGAGGCCUCACACUUACGAUACGAAGCGGAAGUACGAGAGGCGAACCUGGAUAAACCGACGCUAGCCGAGCUCACGGAAGCCGCCAUUCGUGUUCUAUCCAAAAACCCUCGCGGCUUUUUCUUGUUCGUUGAAGGUGGUCGUAUCGAUCACGCGCAUCAUGACACUAGGCCGGCGCUGGCCCUGUACGAGACGCUCGCCCUCGACGAGGCGGUGGCGCGCGCGGACUCGCUGCUGCCGCUUGCCAGCUCGCUGCUCGUGCUCACGGCCGACCACUCGCACGUCAUGGCAUUCAACGGCUACUCGCGCCGCGGCAACGACAUCCUCGGCGCCUCCGACGCCCUCGGCGAUGACAGCGUGCCCUACAUGACGCUGUCUUACACCAACGGGCCCGGCUACCGCGACCACGUCGAUGGUAAACGCGUUGACGUCACGCACGAUUCUAACUUCCAAGCCUUACGCUGGCGGACGCACACGGACGUCCCACUGGAUUCGGAGACGCACGGCGGCGACGACGUGGCGGUGUUCGCUCGCGGGCCGGCGCAGGCGCUGUUCACGGGGCUGUACGAGCAGAGCCAGCUGCCGCACCUCAUGGCGCACGCGGCGUGCCUGGGCCCGGCCGCCGAGCGCCGCGACGCCUGCAACGGUUCCGUCAUGCUCUCAACUUCUGUCCUCGCGUUACUGCUCUCCGUAGUCGCCGCGCUCGUCCAUUAGCUUUACACAUUGUGAUAAUUACUUUUAAAUAUAAGUUUACCUUAGCAUUAUA